CGCGCGCGCUCCCUACUCCCAGCCCCUAAGCGGCUCUCCGCGGGCUCCGCGCUGCAUCGCGAGUGCAGCUUAGCGCAGGGCAGCGCCCCCGCCUUUCAGCAGCAGAGAGACAGCAGUGGGUUUGCUGAGCCUGAAGGCAAAGUCCCCAGAGCUGAGAGAGGAGUGUCUCUGGUGAAUGGGCCACAGAAAGAGGGUCUUCUUAGGCCGAGGAAACCAAUGGAGUCCUUUUCCUGGCUGGCUGGCCACUUCUGAUUCAGGACAAAAAGGCUGGGCCGGCUGGUGCCAUCAUGGCAGAGAAAGUGAACAACUUCCCACCACUGCCCAAAUUCAUCCCGCUGAAGCCAUGUUUCUACCAAGACUUUGAGGCAGACAUCCCUCCCCAGCAUCUCAGCAUGACCAAGCGCCUCUACUACCUCUGGAUGUUGAACAGCGUCACGCUGGCCGUGAACCUGGUGGGCUGUCUCGCGUGGCUGAUCGGAGGCGGGGGAGCCACCAACUUUGGCCUCGCCUUUCUCUGGCUCAUCCUCUUCACACCCUGCUCCUACGUCUGCUGGUUUCGGCCCAUUUACAAGGCCUUCAAGACUGACAGCUCCUUCAGCUUCAUGGCAUUCUUCUUCACCUUCAUGGCCCAGUUGGUCAUCAGCAUCAUCCAGGCUGUGGGCAUCCCUGGCUGGGGCGUCUGCGGCUGGAUCGCCACCAUCUCCUUCUUUGGAACAAACGUUGGCUCAGCGGUGGUGAUGCUCAUUCCCACUGUCAUGUUCACAGUUGUGGCUGUCUUUUCCUUCAUCGCCCUCAGCAUGGUUCAUAAAUUCUACCGGGGCAGUGGAGGGAGUUUCAGCAAAGCUCAGGAGGAGUGGACCACGGGGGCAUGGAAGAACCCGCACGUGCAGCAAGCAGCCCAGAAUGCAGCUGUGGGGGCUGCCCAGGGUGCCAUGAAUCAGCCGCAGACUCAAUAUUCUGCCACCCCCAACUACACAUACUCCAAUGAGAUGUGAGCCAGCCAAGCCUACUGAAAGGCAGCGCUGAGAGCUGGUGGGAUGGGGGCUCAAGCCACAUCAUCUGUUGUGGUGACCAAGCAGGGUUCUCCCUUCCUUUUUCUCCUCCCUCUUGUUUUUUCUCCUUUCUUCUUUGAACAAUGAAUCAGAUACAUGCGCGCGCACACACCCCCCUACACAUCCACCCACCCACCCACCUACUCUCUGCCCCUUUGGAUUUUGCUCUGAGCAUUCUGAGAGCUAUGGGCUGCACAUGGGUCCCAUGUGUGAUAGCUGUUUCCGUGUCCCCUGUGAAGUAGCGUGCCAUGGAGGUCCUUGUUGUCCUGGUGCUAGAUGUGUGUUUAGAACUAAACUAGCCUCCACCCUCCUCCAGGCCACUCUCUCUGACCUUGGCGCAAGGACCUGUCAUGGGGCCGAGGUACAGCAGAGAGAGCCUGGCUCCCUCCCCAGGGUAUGAGCUGAAACUGUUUCCAUUUUUGGUCUGAUUGGGAAGCAACACUAUUUAGCAC